AUGACCACCGAGCCAAGCUUCGCCGAUGCACGCCUGAGCGCCGUCGAGGCGCGGCUGGACGAGGUCCAGGGCGUCGUCGCGCAGCUGCAACACUACAUCCGAAGCGACCCCGCUCCGGCAACCGCGUCCGAGCCGUCGCCUUCGUCUUCUUCGUCGUCAUCGACGUUGUCCUUGGCUCCGCGACCGCAGCCGCGUCCGCAGCAAGGGCAGGGGCAGGGGCAGGAGCUGUCGCACGAUGACUGCCCAUCCACCGCAGCACGGCAAGACACGCCGAGCCGCACCGACGCCGCCACCGCCAUCGCCAACAACACGCCGUCGCAGCUCACCGACAUCUUCCCCUGGCUCUCCGUAUCGACGAUCGCAAGGAUACCCAGGGGUGCGUUCCGACCCGUCCUGCUGCCCACCCUCGCCGAUCCGCUCAACACGCUGGUCAACAAGGCCGAGCUGCUGCGGUACCUCGACGAUGCGCCGCGCUCCGACGACGACGACGAGUACGACUACGAUACCGACGAUGCGGUGCACGUCCACCUCGACUGGAAGCACGACCGGUCCGCUGCCCUCGCACGCUCCCUGCCCACCCCCGCUGCAUUCGCAUACUGCUGGACGCUCUUCACGACAAUCGCAGCACACAGCUCCCGGGAUCCUCUGUUGGGCGCCGCGUUGGCGUCGCACCAGCUGCGGAUCCUCAAACACUCGGCAACGUACGAGUGGAAGGCCGUGAUGCACUACCACCUCGCCUUUCACUGCCGAUAUGCCGCCGACCUCUCGAGCCAGGUGUGGUCCAAAGACGAUGUCGGGCUGAGGGACAGGAUCCUCGUUCGAUCCGUGGCGCGAACUGCGAGCCGUCGGAACGGGAUCUUCUGA